CUGGUUGAUGAACAAGAUUUCAUCAAGUUCAAAUCUGAAUAUACAAAGUUAGCUGCUAGAAAAAGCGAUAUUGGGAUUUAUGUUACAAUUUCACAACCAUCUAUCACUAUUUUUCAAAAUAAGCAAAAAAAAGAAACUCCAAGUAUUUCAUCUUUAUCUGCAUAUGAUAAGGAAAUUGCUAAAAAUGUUGCAACCACUGUCACCAGAUAUACAACUGUCACAACAAUCACCACAAGCACAACUUAUAUAACUACAACAAUCGCCACCUCAAGUACAACAAUUACUAUAAGCACAACUUAUACAAUCACUACUACUGCAACUACAACUAUCACAACAAUCACCACAUCAAGUAUAACAAUUGCUACAAGCACAACUUAUGCAACCACUACCACAAGUACAACUACUACAACAAUCACUACCACUAUCGCAAGUACAACAAUCACCACAAAUGCAACAAUCACCACUACCAUUACAAGUACAACUAUUACAACCAUUACUACAAGAGCAUCCUCAAUUGAUUUUAUCUCUAUUUCUAUUACAACAAUCAUUUUUAUCAUUAAUACCAAUGUCACAAUAGAAUUAGGUAUUGAAGCUCAACCAUUUCA